AAGGAACCGUAACCGAACAAUUGCGACGGCAAUACAAUUUCACCCUCUCCCUGUGUUAUUCUCCCCCACUCGUAUUCGUCGUCUCUACCACCUUGAUUAUCAGUUGGUAAGAAACCAUGACAGUUUCAGACGCUUACCGUCCUCCUCUGUUCAGUAUUGCCCCGAUGAUGGGAUGGACUGACAAUCACUACAGAACCUUAGCACGUCUUAUUUCAAAACACGCAUGGCUCUACACGGAAAUGUUAGCAGCUGAAACCAUUGUUUAUCAAGAAGACAACCUGGACAGCUUUUUGGCGUAUUCUCCAGACCAGCAUCCCAUCGUUCUUCAAAUUGGUGGAAGAAACUUGGACAAUUUGGCGAAAGCAACCAAGCUUGCUAAUGCAUACGGCUAUGAUGAAAUUAAUUUCAACUGUGGAUGUCCAAGCCCAAAAGUAAGUGGACGAGGAUGUUUUGGUGCUGUUCAUAUGCUUAACCCAAAGUUUGUUGGUGAAGCCAUGACUGUCAUUGCUGCCAAUACCAAUGCAUCUGUCACUGUUAAAUGUCGAAUAGGUGUUGAUGAUCACGAUUCAUAUAAUGAGCUUUGCGAUUUCGUUCACAUAGUUUCUUCACUAUCUCCUACUAAACAUUUCAUCAUACAUUCACGAAAGGCGUUAUUGUCUGGACUUAGCCCAGCAGAUAAUCGUCGAAUCCCACCCUUAAAAUACGAGUAUUUCUUUGCCCUAUUACGUGAUUUCCCAGACUUGAAGUUCACAAUAAAUGGAGGCAUAAACUCUGUGGUUGAGGCAGAUGCUGCACUGAGGUCUGGAGCUCAUGGCGUUAUGCUUGGGCGUGCCGCAUUCUACAAUCCCUGGCACAUUUUGGGACAUGUCGAUACUUUAAUAUAUGGAUCUCCAAGCAGUGGGAUUACAAGGCGACAGGUUCUUGAAAAGUAUCAAGUCUAUGGGGAGUCAGUUCUCGGGAAAUAUGGAAAACGCGGACCAAAUCUUCGUGAUAUAGUGAGGCCAUUGAUCAAUCUGUUCCAUUCAGAGAUUGGAAAUGGCCAGUGGAAACGUAGAACAGAUGCUGCUCUAUUGCAUUGCACCACAAUGAAAUCGUUCUUGGACGAAGUGGUGCCGGCAAUACCCGACUUUGUCCUGGAUUCGUCUGUUGUCAAAGAGGUGCCUGGGCGUGAAGAUCUCUUUGCAGACGUACGGCGUUUGAUGCCUCCACCUUACCAAAGAGAAUCACCCAAAGAGCUGGCAGGACCUGUUAUUCUUGAUGAGGAAUGACAAUUCUUUUUUUUAUAUAUAUAUAUUUGUACUCAAAAUGGACCUCUAUAUGAUCAUUAAAUCAUGAGAAAGCUGCUCAAUUUAUAAGCCACACCUUUCAACAAAUGCUCUGUCCACCUAUGUUUUCAACUUAUGAAUCAGUUACUCCUUCCGUUUCAA